AGUAAGUGCCGCGGACUCGGGUCGAACGAGGAGGUCGGAGUCAGUGCAGUGCCAGCUCCCGAUCCGCGAACUUCUAUUUCGUGCCGUAUCUAUUGAAGUUUUGUCACCAUCUUCAUCACACACAUACACACACACACAUCUCGUUUGUCUUUCUCUUUCUAAUUUUUUAUCUUUAUAUAUAUGUCUUUAUCUCUUUCUAUAAAUAUUUUUAUCUCUGACACUGGACACAAAUAUUUUAUCCUAUUACUAUCCUGAUUUUACGAUAAUUGUAUACAAAAUAAUAAGAAGAUAAAUAACGAUAUUUAACCGGAAAGGGGUGGAAAGUUUAAAAGGAGGGUUUACUUUAUUUCUCGAAUUUUUUAAACGUGUGUGUACCGGUGCCGGUGUUGUUACUUCAAUCACACGUUAGAUCGUCCUUGUUGGAUACUCGAAGGACAGAUUGUGAAUAGUGCAACACACAAAGUAUUACUCUCCUAUUAAAUAUAUGAAAGAUCUAUGACAUAAAGAUAUAAUCGAAAGAUUGUAAAUAUAUAUUUAAAAGACUAACGUAAACGAUAACUAAGGAAUUUGGGAAGAAAAUUGAAGAGGAGGAAGGAAAAACCCUUAAAGGAUCUCAGUGGGCAUCGAAUGAUGGUGAUUUAAAUUAAAAAAAUAAAAAAAAAAGAGUGUUCGUGCAGUGCUCUCUUGUGCAAUGAUAGAGCCAACUGUUCGAGAUCUAGGCAUAGACCAUCGUAGAUGUACCAAUCAGUUACAGGGUGUUUAUUGGACAAUUCGGCACCACGGGGCCCGCCCGAUGUGCCACCCCGUAAUCCUACAAUGAGCCGUCUUAACGGAAGACUGCCAGGAAGUCACGCAGCAAGCGAUCACGAACGCGAUCCUGAUCUUGAACCAUCCUGUCUCGUACGCACCCCAUCCGGUAACUUCUACAAUGUACCAAAGAUACCGAAGAAUGAAUACAACAAUAAGAAUCAAUCGACAGGGAAUAGUCCAAUAAAAGUCGAACUGCAAAACAACAUGGACAGAGUACCUUUACCUUACGGUCACGCCCCAUCGAUGAUCCCGAUGAGGAGACAAAGCAUUCGAUGCCAUUUCCGCAAGGGAAUCGAUUGGUGUAGCUGGAAACUAAUUGCCAUAGUUGUAAUUACGCUCGCCCUUUGCCUGAUAGCAGCCCUAACAUAUGUCGCAGCCUCGCAUUUAGUAACCUGUCCGUAUCAAGGAGCAAAACCGUGCACAGUGUUAAUCGGUGACAACAUAAAUGCUAAAUCAGUAACGAGCGAGUCAAACAAAACAUCAACGUCUACAACAUCGACGUCAUCACAAUCCGGUAGUGGUAGAACGAGACAACAAACAUCACCAGGAGCCAUAGACGAUACUAAUCUCAUCUUCGAGCAGGAUUUCGAUCAACGUGAAAUGGAUAAUUCAAGUUCAAUCGAUGUUCCAUAUAGUAAUGAUAAUGAAAUUAAAAAUGAUCGGGUGGAAAUGAAUAAAAAUAGGAUUGACAAUUUGACGAGACAUUUUGAUGAAACAACUGUGAAUAGUACGACAAUAAAUUUUGAAGAUUAUUAUACCGAGGAGGACACGGAAUCUACGAGCGAGUCCUCCUCAACUUCUGAACCGGAAACAACUAGCACCGAUGUUGUCACGUGUUCUACAACCACUACACUACCCCCAGAGCCUAUUAUAUUAAUUCUAGAAGGUGCAAGAACUUUUCCGGCAAGGUCGUUCCCACCAGAUGGUACUACUUUUGCACAAGUUGGGCUUGGUCAAAAGCUUAGCAAAGAAAUUCAACCGUACAGCUACUGGAAUAUGCAAUUUUAUCAAUCGGAGGCAGCCUACGUUCGUUUUGACUAUAACAUACCACGUGGUGCGAGUAUUGGUGUAUAUGCAAGAAGAAAUGCACUACCAACGCACACGCAAUACGACCUACUUGAAGUACUAAGUGGAUUCAAAGCUCGGACCACCAGGGCGUCCCAUGUUAGUGUUAUUCCGUCAAUAAAGAAAGAAGUGACUCAUUACAUGGAACCCGGUCACUGGUUUCUUUCAUUGUACAACGACGAUGGCGACCCACAAGAAGUUUCCUUCACUGCUGUGAUAGCCGAAGACAUGACGCAUAAUUGUCCUAAUGGCUGCAGCGGGAAAGGGGAAUGUCUUCUUGGUCAUUGCCAAUGUAAUCCUGGUUUCGGUGGUGAGGAUUGCAGUGAAAGCGUUUGUCCAGUUCUUUGCAGUCAACGAGGUGAAUAUAUAAACGGCGAGUGUCAAUGUAAUCCUGGUUGGAAAGGGAAAGAGUGUUCCCUUAGGCACGACGAAUGCGAGGUACCAGAUUGCAACGGUCACGGACAUUGCACCAACGGAAAAUGCAAUUGCGUUCGCGGUUACAAAGGGAAGUUCUGCGAGGAGGUGGAUUGUCCACAUCCGACGUGCUCGGGUCAUGGUUUCUGCGCCGAGGGAACGUGUAUUUGUAAGAAGGGAUGGAAGGGUGCAGAUUGUAGCCAGAUGGAUAAGGAAGCCUUACAGUGUCUACCAGAUUGUAGCGGCCAUGGAAACUUCGAUUUAGAAACUCAAACUUGUUUAUGCGAGCCUAUGUGGUCUGGUGAUGAUUGUUCUAAAGAAUUGUGCGAUUUGGAUUGCGGUCCUCAUGGCCAUUGCGUAGACAACGCCUGCGAUUGUUUACCCGGUUGGUCAGGUGAACUUUGCAAUUUGAAACAAUGCGAUCCACGAUGCAACGAACACGGACAGUGCAAAAAUGGCACGUGCUUAUGCGUAACUGGUUGGAACGGUAUACAUUGUACGAUGGAAGCGUGUCCAAAUGCCUGUUCAAGUCAUGGACAGUGCAGGGUCACCUAUUAUGGUCAAUGGGAGUGCCGUUGUUACGAUGGUUGGGAUGGCAAGGAUUGCAGUGUUCCUCUUGAACAAAAUUGUAACGACGGACGAGACAAUGACAAAGACGGUCUCAUUGAUUGUGCCGAUCCGGAGUGCUGUUCAAAUCAUCUAUGCCGAAGUAGUCAGCUUUGCGUGUCGGCACCGCAACCGAUCGAUAUACUUCUACGAAAGCAACCACCGGCAGUAACUGCAUCCUUCUUCGAAAGGAUGAAAUUUCUGAUAGACGAGGGCAGUUUACAAAAUUACGCACGUCAAGAAACAUUCAACGAGAGUAUGUUCUGGAAUCACUUCAACACAAGUCGGUCUGCAGUAAUACGUGGUCGAGUAGUCACGCACCUUGGUACGGGACUAAUGGGAGUACGCGUUAGCACGAGUACACCCUUGGAAGGGUUUACCCUGACGAGAGACGACGGUUGGUUCGAUUUACUGGUGAACGGGGGUGGUGCAGUGACCUUGCAGUUUGGCAGGUCACCUUUCAAGGCGCAAAGUCAUAUCGUCUUUGUCCCAUGGAAUGAGGUGGUUAUAAUCGACAAAAUAAUAAUGAGUACGGCUGAAGAAAAACCACCGGUUCACGUGCCCCACGCAUGCGCAGCUCACGAUUACGAUUUGAUGAAACCACUCGUGUUGGCUACGUGGAAACAAGGUCUCCAGGGUGCUUGUCCUGAUAAAAGCGCCAUCUUAGCUGAAUACCAAGCUAUACAGGAAAGUUUGCAAAUACCCGGAACCGGUUUAAAUCUUGUAUAUCACAGCUCGAGAGUGGGAGGUUAUUUAUCGACGAUACAAGUCCAAUUGACACCGGAAACUAUACCACCUACGCUAAGUCUAGUACAUCUGAGAAUCUCGAUCGAAGGUAUCCUUUACGAGAGGACAUUCGAGGCUGAUCCGGUGAUCAAGUAUACGUAUCCAUGGAAUCGAUUGAACGUUUAUCGUCAACGCGUUUAUGGCGUUACCACUGCCAUGGUUAAGGUUGGUUACGAGUAUAGCGAUUGCAAAGACAUCAUUUGGGAUGUACAAACCACUAAACUUAGCGGCCACGACAUGGCAAUAUCCGACGUUGGCGGUUGGAAUCUAGAUAUUCAUCAUAGAUAUAAUUUCCAUGAGGGUAUUUUACAAAAGGGUGAUGGUUCCAACAUAUAUUUGAAGCACAAACCUAGGGUCAUUCUUACUACCAUGGGAGAUGGUCAUCAGAGACCUUUGGAUUGUUACGAUUGUGACGGGGAAGCUUGGAAACAACGUUUACUCGCACCGGUCGCACUUGCAACUGCACCGGACGGUUCCAUUUACGUCGGUGACUUUAAUUUGGUUAGGAAAAUCUUGGUAGAUGGAACUGUCAAGACUGUUCUUAGAUUAAAUGCAACAAGAGUCUCUUAUCGAUAUCACAUCGCUAUAAGUCCCCUGGAUGGUAUCCUAUACGUUUCCGAUCCAGAAUCUCAUCAGAUACUUCGUGUACGCGAUACUAACGAUUACUCUGAUCCAGAUCACAAUUGGGAUACCGUUGUUGGAUCCGGAGAACGUUGUCUUCCAGGUGACGAAGCACAUUGCGGAGAUAGUGCAUUAGCUAAAGACGCUAAAUUGGCAUAUCCAAAAGGUGUGGCGGUAUCAAUAGACAACGUUCUUUACUUUGCCGAUGGUACAAAUAUACGAAUGGUCGAUAGAGACGGAAUAAUAAGUACGGUGAUUGGUAAUCACAUGCACAAAUCACAAUGGAAACCGAUUCCUUGCGAGGGUACUUUAAACGUCGAGGAGGUUCAUUUACGUUGGCCAACUGAAUUAGCGAUCAAUCCACUCGACAAUUCUUUACACAUGGUCGACGAUCACAUGGUACUUCAAUUGGCUCCGGAUGGUCGUGUCAAAGUUGUAGCUGGUCGUCCGUUGCAUUGCGCAUCACCUUUGUCAUCCUUUGACACGGAACUAGCCACUCAUGCCACUUUGGUGAUGCCUCAGAGUAUAGCCUUUAGCCCAUCUGGAAACCUUUACAUCGCUGAGAGUGAUUCACAACGUAUAAAUCGUGUCAGAGUGAUCGGCACGGAUGGCAAGAUUUCACCUUACGCCGGUGCAGAAUCGAAAUGCAAUUGUCUUGAACGUGGCUGUGACUGUUUCGAAACCGAUCAUUAUCUAGCAUCCACUUCUAAAUUCAACACGAUAUCGUCUAUCGCUGUUUCACCCGACGGUGUCGUACAUAUCGGUGAUCAGGCUAAUUAUAGAAUACGUUCGGUCACGGCAAGCAUACCGGAUGCCAGCGACGCCAGGGAAUAUGAAAUUUAUUCACCAGAUACUCAAGAGAUUUACGUUUUCAAUAGAUUCGGUCAACACAUUGCUACGAAAAAUAUUUUAACCGGUGAAACGGUAUAUCUAUUCACUUACAACGUUAACAGCAGCAAUGGCAAAUUAAGUACCGUCACGGAUGCAGCUGGAAAUAAAAUCUUCCUUUUACGCGACUAUAGUAAUCAAGUAACUUCCAUUGAGAAUACCAAAGGACAGAAAUGUAGAUUAAGAAUGACUAGGAUGUGGAUGUUACACGAAUUCAGUACACCGGAUAAUUACAACGUAACGUUCAAUUAUCACGGUCCCGCUGGACUUCUAGCCAACAAGCUUGAUAGUACUGGCCGCGGUUAUGUAUAUGAUUAUGAUGAAUUUGGUAGAUUGACAAGCGUGGUUACACCUACCGGUAAAAUGAUCAGUCUAACCUUUGAUCUUAGUCUUAAAGGAGCUAUCGUUAAGAUAGGACAAAACAAUAGAAAACCUGUCUCGAUGUUGAUCAAAGGUUCUUCAGUUGUUACGAAGGUUGGCGAAGCUGAACAAAGAACAACAGUUCUUCCUGAUGGUUCCGUCAGAAUGGUUACACCUUGGGCUCAUACCGUUAGCACGGAUACGAUGCCUUAUUCGAUUUUAGCCGAAAUCGAACCACUUCUUGGCGAAAGUUAUCCCGUAUUGGCUAAACAAAGAACAGAAAUUGCCGGUGAUUUGGCUAACAGAUUCGAAUGGCGUUAUUUCUUGAGAAAAAUACCUGGUAGCAGGAGCCGUAACAGAGCUGUGGCACAAGUCGGUCGUAAACUUCGAGUUAACGGUGAAAUCUUAUUAUCAUUGGAAUACGAAAGGGAGACCAAUACCGUUGCCGUUUUCAUGGAUGAUCGAGUCGAAUUAUUGAACAUAACCUACGAUAGAACUUCACGGCCAUUAAAGUGGGGUCCUACGGAUGGCGUAUUUGCUGUUGUUGAAUUAGAAUAUGAUCGAUUCAGUAGGCUAACCAGUUGGACUUGGGGUGACAUUAGCGAAACUUAUGGUUUUGACAGAGCUGGCAGAUUAUACGAAAUUAAAUAUAGCGAUGGUACUUCUAUGGUUUAUGCGUUCAAAGAUAUGUUCAGUAGCUUACCAUUAAAAGUUACAACACCACGUGGAAGUGAUUAUUUGUUACAAUACGACGAAGCUGGUGCACUUCAAUCUCUUACAACACCACGAGGACACAUUCAUGCAUUCUCACUUCAGACAUCUCUAGGAUUCUACAAGUAUCAAUAUUAUUCACCCAUGAAUCGACACCCCUACGAAAUUUUAUACAACGACGAUGGACAAAUACUUGCCAAGGUUUACCCGCAUCAGAGUGGUAAAGUGGCAUACGUUUACGAUCACACAGGAAAAUUGGAAACCACUUUAGCAGGUUUAUCAUCGAUACAUUACACAUAUCAAGAAACAACAAGUCUAGUUCGUAGCAUUGAUAUCAAUGAGCCUAAUUUCGAGAUGCGUAUUGAGUACAAGUAUCACGCGGGAAUAGUCAAAGAUGAAAAGAUCAAAUUUGGAAGUAAAAGUGGCAUGGACAAUGCGCAUUAUCGAUAUCAAUACGAUGGAAAUGCUCGUAUAUCUGGUAUCGAGGUUGACAUCAAUGGGAAACAACUUCCUCAAUUGCGAUUGAAAUACAAUCAAAAUCUUGGCGUAUUGGAAGGAGUUGGUGAUCUAAGAAUUUAUAGGAAUAUAUUUAAUAGAUCGGUCAUGCAAGAUAGUAGUAAACAAUUCUUCACCGUCACCGAUUACGACGAUCACGGCCGAAUAAAAACAGUUCUUAUGAAUAUCAGAUCUUUGGACGUAUUCAGAAUGGAAUUGGAAUAUGAUAAUAGAAAUCGUAUUAAAAUGAGAAAAUUGAUGAUCGGUAAGGAAUCGUUAGAAAAGAAGGAGUGGUCCAGAAUGGAUAAGAUCACGUACAACGCUGAUAGUCACGUACUCGAAGUAGCAGACACGGAUAACAACUGGCAAUAUGCGUACGAUGAGAACGGUAAUAUCGUUGGUGUUACCGAACACAGUGAAAAAAUUGUCUUAGGUUAUGAUAGCGGUGAUCGAGUUGUUCAAUACGGCGACGUGGAAUUCAAUUCAUACGAUGGUCGAGGAUUCGUUGUUAUUCGAGGAGAACACAAAUACAGAUACAACUCGAGGGGUCAAUUGAUUCACGCAUCGGAACAUAAGAAAUUCCAGAUCUGGUACUUCUACGAUGAUCGUGGUAGGCUUGUAUCUUGGAACGACGACAGGGAAAACAUAACUCAAUUCUUUUAUGCUAAUCCAAAAACACCGGAUUUGAUAACGCACGUACAUUUCCCGAAAUCAUCAAAGACCUUCCGAUUCCUCUACGAUCAAAGAGAUUUCUUGAUGACUGUUGAAACAUCCGAGCAAAGGUUUUACGUAGCAACUGAUCAAAAUGGUUCACCUUUGGCAUUGUUCGAUACAAAUGGAAAUCUCAUCAAGGAAAUGCGUCGUACACCGUUCGGAAAGAUCAUUAAGGAUACCAAUCCAGAUUUUUACUUGCCGAUCGAUUUCCAUGGUGGAUUGUUCGAUCCCAAUACGAAAUUGAUUUAUCUGAACAAGAGAUUGUACGACCCAACCGUAGGACAAUGGAUGACACCGGCAUGGGAACAAAUGGCUAACGAGUUGACAACCCCAACGGAUAUCUUCAUCUAUCGUUUCCGUAAUAACGAUCCCAUCAAUUUCAAACAGAACGUCGAAUACAUGACAGACUUGGCCAGUUGGCUUAAACUAUAUGGUUACGAUAUAUCAUCGAUGUUAGGUUCCGAGUACACUAAACAAAUGGUUUACCAACCAAGCGCAACAAUAACUUCGCCACAAUUAACACCAGACUUCGGUGUAAUGUCAGGAUUGCAAUGCAUCGUCAAUAGGGUACACGAGAAAUUCUCAGAUUUAGGUUUCGUACCAAAACCAUUAUUAAAAUUGGAACCCAAAACAAGGAAUCUUUUGCCACGAGUAGCACACCGUCGUGCAGUAUUCGGUGAAGGAAUCUUAGUAUCCAGAGUAGGUGGUAGAGCAUUGGUUAGCGUAGUGGAUGGUGUUAACACCGUAGUCCAAGAUGUUGUUACAUCAGUAUUCAACAAUUCUUAUUUCUUACCGUUACACUUCAGCGUUCACGAUCAAGACGUGUUUUAUUUCGUCAAAGACAAUGCUUUGAAGAUAAGAGACGACAUGGAAGAACUACAACGACUCGGUGGUAUGUUCAAUGUGUCGACACAUGAAACAACCGAACACGGUGCAGGAACGUGGAAAGAACUGAGAUUACAUAAUCCAGACGCAGCCGUUGUUAUCAAAUACGGUGCUGAUCCUGAACAAGAAAGGCACAGGAUAUUAAAACACGCCCACAAACGUGCCGUUGAAAGAGCAUGGGAAAUAGAAAAGCAAUUAGUUAUGGCCGGUUUUCAAGGUAGAGGCGACUGGUCCAAAGAAGAAAAGGAUGAGCUUUUGAAUCGUGGUACUGUUGAUGGUUACGAAGGUGUCGACAUACACAGUGUACACAGGUAUCCACAAUUAGCCGACGAUCCUGGUAACGUUGCAUUCACUCGGGAUACCAAAAGGAAAAGACGAAAGAGCGGCAACAGACGUAGCAGAAGCCACAGACACGACUCGUGAUUCGAAAGGACUACGCGUGCUCGGGAAAUCCUUUGGGACUUGAUUCGCGUGCCCGCGUGAAUCUCAUUACUUUUUUCUUUUUUUAUUUUCCGCGUAUGAGAUUUAUAAAAUAUAAAGUGUGUGUGGUGGCAAAUAAUUGAAAAUGGAUUAUAAUACUACUACUACUACUACUAUUACUACUACUACUAUUACUCGAGAUGAUAUUAUCUGAUCUAUCUCGCUAUCUCUUCUCAACGCACUCGAACUUAGAACAAGAGGAGAAGGAGGAGGAGGAGGAGGAGGAAAAAGAAAAUGAAAAUAAAAUAUGAACGAUAAAGUGAAUAGAUAAAUUUUUGAAGGAUCGAAAGAAAUGAUGGGAUUUGGGGAUUAUCUAUUAUAAUCCUUUUCUAAUCCCCCACCCCCAAACCCAAAAAGAAUAAGUCUUCAACAAAUAUUAGGGUUAAUUAAUUAAUUAAUUGAUUAAUUAAUUAUUACCUUAUAUGAGAAAAGAAAAGGAGGGAAAGAAAAAAAAAAGAAGCACGUUAUAUAAAUUUGUAUUCUUUAUACGAUUAUAUUAUUAUUCUCUUCUCGUUGCUGUUGAUGACACAAAUUCGUUUUGGAAAUAAUAAUAAUAAUGAAUAAUAAAUGAAUAACAAAUGAAUAAUAAUAAUAAUAAAAUAAUAAUAAUAAUAAUAAAUAAUAAAUAAUUAAUAAUAAUAAUAUUGAUAACGAGAAAGAGGAAAGAGGGGAUAUUAUUGUGUACAGUUAUGAUUGCAGUUGAAGAUGAUGGUUCAAAGUUUUUUCUCUCUUUUUAUUUUUUUUUUUUUUUUUUUUUUUUUUUUUUUAUUUUUUUUCAAAUCGAACGAAGAGUAGUUACGCAUAUACUUUCAAGGUGCCGUCCGUGAGGAAUGAAAAUAUCUCUCGAAGAUAAAUAAAUUAACGAGUGCGUGAUAAAGAGAUCGUGACGAUGAUAAGAAUUAAAAGAGUUAGAAAAAAAAAAAAAACAAAAAGAACACGAACGAGGAUAAAAAAAAUCAUUUCGCAAAAUAACAAACAUACAUACCAACAAACAAACAAACAAAUAAAUAAUAAACUAACGUCGAUCGCGUUUUAGAAAAUUUCGAUGGUGUUUCCUAUGUGUCUGUCAUCCCACAGGAUUUUUAAAUACGUGUAAAAAAAAACAAACAAACAAACAUGUGUUGUGUAUACUACUACACUCUCGCCCCCCUCCCCCUCACUCCCGAUUAUUCCGACGUAAUUAGUAUUUAAAAUCGCGAGAGACACUUGUGUUCGUCCGAUAUAAUUAAGAAGAAGAAAAAAAAAAAGAAAUGAAAAGAAAAAAAAAAAGAACGGAAGAAGGAAGAUAAAAAAUUAACAAACGAACUAACAAACGAUGAUGAUACGAGCAGAAUUGACGAUGGGAAAUGAAAAAAAAAAAAAAAA